GAAUUUUCUUCCGGGGUGCGGCCCGCUCGGGGGGUUUCGCUUCCGGGACGGUGUUCCGGCCCGUUCCCACCCCCGGGAGCUGGGUUGUACUUCUACAACUGGGGCAGCCAUGGAGAAAAGUGGAAACAUUCAGCUGGAGAUCCCUGACUUCAGCAACUCUGUCCUGAGCCACCUCAACCAGCUGCGCAUGCAGGGCCGCCUGUGUGACAUAGUGGUCAACGUUCAAGGACAAGCUUUCCGUGCUCACAAAGUGGUGCUGGCUGCUAGCUCGCCCUACUUCCGUGACCAUAUGUCAUUGAACGAGAUGAGCACGGUCUCCAUUUCAGUCAUUAAGAACCCCACUGUUUUUGAGCAGCUCCUUUCCUUUUGUUAUACCGGGCGGAUAUGCCUGCAGUUGGCUGACAUCAUCAGUUACCUAACGGCAGCCAGCUUCCUGCAGAUGCAGCACAUUAUAGACAAAUGUACGCAGAUCCUCGAGGGAAUUCACUUCAAAAUUAAUGUGGCAGAGGUUGAAGCUGAACCGAGCCAGACUAGAACAAAGCAUCAGGAGAGACCCCCAGAGUCUCACCGGGUUACCCCAAAUCUAAACCGCUCUCUGAGCCCACGCCACAACACUCCAAAAGGGAGUCGUCUAGGCCAAGUCAGCACUGUGCUGGACAUUCGGGAGCUGAGCCCGCCUGAGGAGUCCACCAGCCCUCAGAUAAUUGAGCAGAGUUCAGAUGUAGAGAGCAGGGAGCCCAUACUGCGGAUUAACAGAGCAGGACAGUGGUACGUUGAGACAGGAGUGGCAGACCGUGGGGGACGGAAUGACGAUGAUGUUAGGGUUCUUGGAGGAGUGCGCAUUAAAACAGAGAACCUGGAGGAGUGGCUGGGAACGGAGAAUCAGCCAUCGGGAGAAGAUGGGAGCAGCGCUGAGGAGGUCACGACCAUGGUAAUUGACACAACAGGCCACGGAUCGAUGGGCCAGGAGACUUACACAUUAGGGUCAUCAGGAGCCAAAGUGGUUAGGCCAACCAGCAGUGAGAUUGACAGAUUUAGCCCUUCGGGCAGCAUGGUUACUGUAACUGAGCGGUACAGAUCGAAAAGUGAGUCUCCCGGGCGGAUGGAUGAGCCUAAGCAGCCCAAUUCCCAGGUGGAGGAGUCCGCCAUGAUUGGAGUGAGCGGUUAUGUUGAGUAUCUCCGUGAACAGGAAGUGUCUGAGCGGUGGUUCCGGUACAACCCGCGGCUCACCUGCAUCUACUGUGCCAAAUCCUUCAACCAGAAAGGCAGUCUAGACCGGCACAUGCGUCUCCACAUGGGCAUCACGCCCUUCGUCUGCCGCAUGUGCGGUAAAAAGUACACCCGCAAGGAUCAGCUGGAGUACCACAUCCGCAAGCACACAGGCAACAAGCCCUUUCAUUGCCACGUUUGCGGCAAGAGCUUCCCCUUCCAGGCCAUCCUCAACCAACACUUUCGCAAAAACCACCCUGGCUGUGUGCCUCUGGAGGGACCGCACAGCAUUUCCCCCGAGACCACCGUCACCUCCAGGGGGCAGGCGGAGGAAGAGUCUCCCCCGCAGGAGGAAGCUGUUGUGGCAGGGGAAACGGCACAGGGAUCUGUGUCCACCACUGGGCCAGAUUGAAACGGGCUGUGGGGGAGGACCCUCUUCCCAUUUGGCUGUAAGCAGUCAGCACCGAGACGGCGGGCUGGUACUGGUAUCAGUGCAAUGCCACCAACGGACGGGAUGUUGCCAAAACAGAAGAUUAACAAAAACAAAGUGCUAAAAGCUUUCCCCCUUUUCCUCAUCUCCUUGGGAAAAAACAAAACUGGGUCAAUCGACUUCUGAUUCAGGGAUCGACGGGAUUUUUUAAUGUUUUUAAUAUAUUCAAUAGCGAUCCAGGAGAAGCAGUCGUUUUAUUUCUUGACCGCAUUUUGGCUCAGCACCUCGGUCUCUGUGGUGGUGUUGGCUGUAAUGGCCCUAAUUCAGUGAGUGCAGUGCACAGGUGUCUGUCUUCGCAACAGCUGCUGGUCCAUCACAUGAGGUAGCAGGGGCAAGGAACACUUACCGUCCCGUUUUCCCAGGUAGUUGUCAUGUUAAAGAAAUCUCACUCUCCUGGUGGAUCUUGCCCUGCCUGAGUGUAUUUAUCCUGUCUUAUUUUGGUGUGUCUCUUUUAAAAUUUUAAUUAAACCAUUAUUUUAGGGCUUUCUGCUUGCCCUUUCCAGGCGUAUGGCAUUCUGCCCGCUGGUUAAAAGCAGGCAGCAACCUUUGAGCAGUAUUCUAGAGGUCAGCAAAAUCUGAAGCGCUUAGGCUACUGAAAGUAAAAUUAGCAGCUGUGAGGUUUGCAUUAGACUUGUCUACAUUUUUGGGGGAGGGGAUUUGGGGCAGGGUGCGCUUAUUGGUGCUAGUAUUAAUAGCACAGAGCAUUCCAACUUCCUGACCGGUUUCUGCACACUGCAGUGCUUCACAUGUUGCCAACAGUUAGGAAGAGGUUUCUUGUCUGGAUGAAUUGACAAACGAGAGGCUGGCUACCUAAGUCAUCUUUGGCGUCCCCUGCACUUGGUCUUACAUAACAGCAAUACUAUAUAUCGAAACAGUCCAAUCCCAGUGAAAUUAUCAUGGGUUGUUGUUUUUAACUCUGUCUCCGUGUAUUAGUUUGAUAAGUUUAUAUAAAUCAAAUGCAAAAAAAAAUGACAUUAACUCCUCAUAACGGUUCAGGAAAUUCAAAGCUGUUGCUCUUACAGUAAUCGUAACUCUGUCCCUUGCACAUGUUAUAUUCCAAGUAGCUCUGAAGUUAAGGGUAAGUGUACCAAACCCAGAGAGACAUGCCUGCAUCAUGUCUCAGACAUGUUUGCACGUGCGUAUGUGUUUAUAAAUAAAAAAGCAGUGCAGGUACAUAGGUGCAAAUUCAAAAGAGCAGAUGUCUUGAUGCCCUUUUAAAAAGUCUUUAAAAAUAUGCAAUAGUUUAAGAGUUGGCUUUGGUGCUGGGUUGUAUGUAAGUGCAAAUAGGAAUGAACUACUGGUCCUACUGCUUUUGGAGCUUGGAAUUAGGGGACGCGGCGUGUCUGAAGGAAGCCUGUCUUCUGAGGGAACAUAGUGUGUGAUGUGGGAGGAUGAACAUUAGGCUGGCAGGAGGAGCAAGGAGGCGUCUGAAAAACAGUGUAAACAUUAGCACAGAAUUGGCGGACAGGAGACCUCAGUUUUAUUCCUUUCCCUCUUAGUGACUUGGGGUACAUCUACAUACCAAAAAAAGACCUGUGGCAGUGAGUCUCAGAGCCUGGUCAGUUGACUCAGGCUAGCAGGGCUCAUGCUGCAGAGCUAAAAAAUAGCAAGGUAGACAUUUGGGCUCAGGCUGGAGCCUGGGCUCUGAAACCUGGCAGAGAGGGAGAGUCUUAGAGCCCAGGCUCCAGCCAAACCCGAACAUCUACACUGCUGUUUUUAGCCCCAUAACACAAGCCCGAGUCAAUUGACCCAGGCUCUGAGACUUCUUGCCACCGAAUUUUGUGUUUUACUGUGUAGAUGUACCUUACAGUAUAACCUUGGGCAAACCAAACUUCCUGUGCCAGUUUCCCUAUCUGUAAAACGGGGAUAAUAAUACUUCCCUACCUCACAGUAUGCUUGGAUGGAAGAAUCUCUAGAAGGGAAAAGUAUUAUUAUCCACUCUCCUUCUGUGUAAUAUAAGGGUCACGCUGCCUUCUCCACCUCUUUCACAGCUAGCGAAGGCUGUGGUAGUGUGGUUCUGUGUGUGUAAUUUAGGGGAGGCGAAUUGGAAUAGGCAGUUUGAAUCCGGUGAUGCCAUGAUAGACUGCAAUGAGGAUGCUCUCUCAGAGGGAAGCUUUGGGGAUGUUCUGAGGUAGGAUAGUUGCAAAGUACAGUUCUGUUGAUUACAGUAGAACGUCAGAGUUAUGAACACCAGAGUUACGAAUUGAUCAGUCAACCACACACUUCAUUUGGAACCAGAAGUACACAAUCAAGCAACAGCAAAGACAAAAGUAAAAGCAAAUACACUACUGUGGUAAAUGUCAACUACUAAAAUAAUAAAGAGAAAGCAUUUUUUUUCUGCCUAGUAGAGUUUCAAAGCUAUAUUAAGUCAAUGUUCAGUUGUAAACUUUUGAAAGAACAGCCAUCAUUUUUUGUUCAGAGUUCUGAAAAUUUCAGAGUUACGAAGAGCCUCCAUUCCCGAGGUGUUCAUAACUCUGAGGUUCUACUGUAUUUAAAACAUAGACAUAGAUGCCGUACCACCUGUCAAGUGGCAGAAUAAAACAGUGAAAGCUGUUCUAAGCAGUCACCCCCAGGACCAUCAAAAGUCAACAAUCUAGUGAAGGUCAAACAAAAUAGGACUGGAAAAUUUAAGAGUGUUUGAAAGUGGCCACAGAAGAAAGGAGAGAGGUGGUUGUUAGUGUGGAUUUCUCCAGAAUCAACGCAAGAGGGGAUAUGGGAUGCACAGAAUAUGCUGCUUUAGUCAUAGCUUUUGAACUUACCAAAAAAAAUCCAAACUAUCCUGUUCACACUAGAGAGCAUCAGAAAAUACUUUGUUACCUACAAAAUUUUAAGUGUUUAAAAUAGAACUUUUAAAAUACUACCAACUGUAAAACAUAAAAUUAUUUAUAUACAUAUAUAGUGGGAAAGUUUCCCUGCUGAGCUUGCUGUGAAGAGAAGGGUGAAGGUGCAGUAACUGCUAUACAAGCAAAAUUUCUCCGAAGCCGAUGGCAACAAAUCCAUCGAGAUUAAGCGAUGAAGGGCUGAAAUGAAAUAGUGAAUGCCUUGUUCGUAUGGCAUGGCUGUGAGUUUCUUGAACAGGUUUUUACUGUAUUGAUACUGUGAACAGAGGCGAUCCCAGUAAUCUAGGAUCAUAUCAGCACCUCCUUGCUUGCUGAUUCACUCCUCUUAAUUGGCCUGGCAAGAGCCAUGAAAUUGUUUUUUAUUAUUAGCCUAGGCUAGUCUAAAAAAUAAACAAUAAUAAAGCUUGUGAAAGAAUUUUUUGUAUGUGUGCAGCACUUGCCGUUGUACAAACAACCAUUUCUGAUUGCAUGUGAAAGAGCCAAUAUUCUUGCCCAGGCCUCGUUGAGGUGAAGUUUAUAGCUUGUAGCUCGGGUAGGUGUAAAGUAUGGGAGUGGGGAUCAUUAAUACUCUUUCUGUACAUUUACUGAAUGUGUAUGUGUGUGUAUUUGUGUGUGUGGAGAGCCUGGUGUCUCUAGUGCUUUCUCUAACCAUGCUGAAAGCUAUCUAUGCUAGCAAUUUGAGAACCAGGUCAGAAGGGGCUGUUUCUGAAAUUAUCAUCACUAAUGGUUCAGUUUUCUAGUGAAAAUGAGGCCAAGAUGGGAGAAUAGAAAUGUCUUGCCUACAAUAGAAAAACUACUCGUUUUUCAGCAAGGGUGCAGCUGCUUUGAGCAGCUUUUCAUGACACAGUGAUAAAAACUUUAGGCCGUUGUACAUUGGCAAUCAUACCUUUGUUGCAGCUCCACUGAUGUUGGGGGAAAAAAAGGGAAAUAUUUUUCUAGUAUAGACAUAUCCUGGAUUGGCUGGGGACCUGGCUUUGCAUUUCAGUGUGUAACUGCAACUCUUCACCUUUGCCAAACUGUGAUUUCAACCAUGAUUUAAAGGAGGAUGUAUAUAGAAGAGCUCUGUCGUACAAUAUAUUAAUACUUCUGUAAUUAACAUUUGUGUUAGAGCUUCAGAACCAGGGCUUAAAAGUCCACUUGCCUACGUGCCCCUGGCAAGAGAGGAACAUGGAUCAUCAAUUUCUGCAGAAUAUUGUUUUUCUGUAAUGGAAAAAAAAUAAGUUUCUAGUUCUUGACGGUUGCAAAGAUAACCUUCCAAAUGUGAACCAAUGCAGGCGUUUUCCUGAGUCUGCAGAAAGCUUUGGUCCCUUCACUGCUGGCCAUAGCUUUGCCGAGUAGCAGCAGCGUGAAAUUAAUGCCACUCUGGGCAGUUUCGCUGCUGCCACUGGGUUUUCUGUGAAUAGCUGUGGAAAAAACAAGAAUCGUGUCAGUAUUGUGCUGCUGCUUUUCAGGAAAGCUAAAGCUCCUCCUUUUGGUCCUCCUUGCCAGAAGGCUGGGGAAGGGCAAAUUCUUCCCCACACUCUUCCAGUAGCCAUGAGGCUCUGGGGUUGCAGGAAGGGAAAAGAGAGCUGCUUCUCUUUUCCCACAGACUGCUAGAGAAGGGUGGAUGGCUGUACAACAUUUAUUUAUAUCUCUUGCCAGAGGCUGAUACAAAAGAUAGCGCCUUCUACCCGGAUCCAGGGAUAGCAACCUGAUAAGAAUUCAAGCAGUUGAGCUAGGGGGGCAGCUCCUACUUAUCUUUCGUAUCAGUCUCUGGGCUUCUCAUCAGGUUAUUGCCCAUGGAGUUCCCUGUUGGGCACCCACUGAUCAUUUUUCAUACUCUGGUCAGUAUGUUUAGUCUUCUGGCUAGUCAGGUCAGUAAAUUUUUCAAGCCACCUUCUAUAGAAUUCAGUUUUCAAAGGCCUGGAUGAUGAAAUAGAAAUGGAAUAUGGAUAAUUUCACGUCUAGAUCACCAGUUUAAAUCCCACUAAGACGGGUAGUGACUAAACUUUGUUACCAUCUGACAGUUAUUCAGUGCAGGAAAUUCCUUUUGGAACUAAUUGGCAGUCUUUCCGAAAGUCUUAGCAGAGAGACGUGGAUUGAAUGAGCAUAGAGCCAGGAUAUGUGUAACCCCACAUAUGGUCCUUCCAGACCAGGGUUGAAACAAAUUGACUGUGAAAAGCUCUCUCUCCUACUGCCUGUUCUGUAUCUAUCCUGUGACACCCACAUGACCUCACUUUCCAGUGCUGUCGGUGCCACAACUUUCACCAGUAAUAAAUUCAUUUAAAAAUGUGGCCCCAAUCCUGCAAAUGAACUAAGAGAACAGACCCUUACACUUGUGUGGAAUCCCUUUGACUUUAAUCGGGAUUUGUCCAUACAGAUCCAUUUGGAGGAUUUGGGCCUUAACUUUUAUGUGCCACUGCAGAAGCUGAUGAACAAAUGAAACUGGAAGAUGCAGUUUACUUAGCACAAAUUAGGCCAUAAGAUGGAUACUUUGAGUCAUGCAUUUUAAUUAUCAGCAAAAAUUAGCACCCAGAAAACCUAUUAGUUAAACUUUAUAAAAAUCUGCUGUUUUGCACACAAUGGUGCCUGACUAAUUUAGAGGUGUGAUUAGAACACGCAGAUGAUUUCCAUUUUCAGGGCUGCUAACUGCUUUGCUUGCUCUUGUGGAAAUAUUUUGGGAAUAGGAGAAGCCAAAGGAAUGCUGCUUUGUGGAACCUCAAAUUGUUUAUGCUUUUAGUUUGGGGUUUUGUGUAAUUCAAGUUUGUCAGAGAAAAAUAUUUCCCUUAAUUCUCUCUUUCAUGAGGGAAUGAUCUAUAGUGGCUAAUGCUUGGGAUCUGAAGUCAGAAAAUCUGGGCUCUUUGAACAGCUCUGCUACUGAUGGGCUAUGUGUCG